AGCAGUGUUAUCAUGUCUGGACGAGGCAAAGGUGGUAAGGGACUGGGGAAGGGGGGCGCUAAGCGCCAUCGUAAGGUUUUGCGUGACAAUAUCCAGGGUAUCACCAAACCCGCCAUCCGGCGUCUGGCCCGGCGAGGUGGGGUCAAGCGCAUAUCUGGUCUGAUUUAUGAAGAGACCCGCGGGGUACUGAAGGUGUUUUUGGAGAACGUGAUCCGGGACGCGGUCACUUACACGGAGCACGCCAAGCGGAAGACCGUCACUGCCAUGGACGUAGUGUACGCCCUCAAACGCCAGGGACGCACCCUCUACGGCUUCGGCGGUUAGGUCGCCCGUUUUCAGCGAUUUAACAUC